UAAGUGUGUUUGCGGACUCGGCGAUUGCUCUCUCUCUCUCUCGUCUCUUUUGUUCUGGCAACUCGGAUCGAGAAACUCUUUUGCUUUCUGCAAUUUCCCUCUCAACCCGCAGGGCGUCCCGAAGAACCUUCGUCCGUGUGCCUGCUUGCUUCGGUUGAGCGAUCGCCAAAAUGAAGGUUGUCGCUGCCUAUCUUCUGGCCCUCCUCGGAGGAAAUGCCAGCCCUAACGCCAAGGAUUUGACGGCUAUCUUGUCAUCAGUCGGAGCUGAGGCCGACAAGGAGAAGAUUAACUUCUUGCUGAAGGAGCUUGAAGGGAAAGACAUUCUUGAGGUUCUUGCUUCCGGAAGGGAGAAGUUUGCCUCAGUACCAUCAGGAGGAGGUGGUGGUAUCGUGGUAGCAUCUGGUGGUGGUGGUGGCGGUGCCGCUGCUGCAGCUGAGGCACCGAAGGCAGAGGAAAAGAAGGAAGAGGAGAAGGAAGAGUCUGACGAUGAAAUGGGUUUCGGCCUGUUUGGAGACGACGAGUAGACUCAUAUUUUCCUUCUGGCAGAUAAUCCAUCUCAUCCUUAAUUAGCGAAAUGGUUCUUUUUUGGCUGUCCCGUGAGCAUAGGUCUAGAAUUACCGGGGAAUGAUAUCUUCGAACUCGCAAUUUUACAGCGAGGAAGGUCAUCACUGAGGUUCACACUUUUGAUGGGACAGCGGAGGUCCUUGUGUAUUUUACAAAAGUAAUUGGAGUAAGUCAUGUAGCCGUCACUCUGAAGUCUUAUGGGUGUCAAUAAUACAUUGAUGUGACUUUGAAUCGUUUAGGCUUCUUGAUCAUGUGUUUCAGCACCAUGCGUUGUCUUGUGGGCUUUUCUUUUAAUUUUGCCAACUGAAUUGAAAUCCUUGGCCAAUUAUGGUCAGUGUUGAUGUCUA